GAGUACAGUUCUAGUGAAGGAGUGGGCAGUGCAGCCAGGGGCAUUUUGGAAUGAUGGAUAAUAUGGAACCGCCCACUGAGGACACUGUGAGUUACUUGGAGUCUGAGGACUACAUGUUUCUUGAAUCAGAGCAUUCAAGCAAAGUUCUGGAUGGACUCAACAGCCUGCGACUGAACCACGCAUUCUGCGAUGUUAUUCUGUGUUGCGACGGUCAAGAGUUCCCAUGUCACCGCAUUGUGCUUGCCUCCUUCAGUUCCUACUUCAGGGUCAUGUUUUCCACAGAUCUGGUCGAGUCCCGGCAGGAGCGUGUGGCGAUAAAUGGUGUUGAGCCGCAGAUGGUGGGACUGUUGGUGGCGUAUUCCUACACUGCCCGCGUGCUCAUUACGAGAGCCAACGUCCAGGCCCUGCUGGCAGCUGCCAACCUGUUGGACAUCAUGCCUGUGCGGGAAGCCUGCUGCAAGUUCAUGGAGCGGCAGAUGGAUGAAACAAACUGUGUGGGCAUCCACUGCUUCGCUGAGGCCCAUUCCUGUGUGGAGCUGCAGACCAAGAGUCUGAACUAUAUCCUGCAGCAUUUCAAUGUGGUUUACAUGCAGGAGGAGUUCCUCUCGCUCUCGGCAGAGAAGCUGACAGAAAUUAUCGCCAGUGAUGACCUGAGCAUCCCCUCGGAGGAGAUGGUCUUCGAGGCUGUCGUCCUCUGGUUGGAAAAGGAUCACUCAAGAAAACAGAACUUUGAGAAAAUAUUAGAGCACAUUCGUCUGCCCUUAAUUAGUCCUUAUUACAUCCACGACAUUGUAGAGUCACUGAAUGUCAUCCAGGAAUCUCUUCCUUGCCAGCGAUUGAUUUCCGAAGCAAAGGACUACCUCUUGUUACAAGAUAGACGUGGGGAACUCUACAGCUCCAGGACCCGUCCUCGCAGAUCAACAGGUACAACUGAAGUGAUAAUUGCGGUUGGAGGGGAAGAUGAUAAAGUGGUUCUUCGCAGUGUGGAAAGCUUUGAUCCCAUUGGCCGUCAGUGGAAGUGCCUUGCCUAUUUGCCCUUUGCUGUUAGUAAACAUGGGCUUGUCGCUUCAGGUUCUACCCUUUACUUGGCCGGAGGAGAAUUUCCUGAUGGUUCUGCGAGCAAGGAGAUGUGGCGCUACGACCCGUGUUUUGAUAUGUGGCACGAGAUGGCAGCAAUGAACGUGGCCCGUUCUGAACUAGGACUUGCCAUGUUGGAUGGCUUUGUUUUCGCUGUGGGAGGCUGGGAAGGAUCAUCAAGACUGGAUUCCGUGGAAUGCUACAAUCCCCACACAAAUACCUGGCACUUCCUGGAAUCCAUGAAGAUGGCAGUCACGAGUCCAGCUGUGGUGGCUCUUCAUGGGCUCCUAUAUGUAGCAGGGGGAGCUGUGUUGGAGGAUGGUGAUGGGAUGGAUCUGGUUCAGGUGUACAAUCCUAAAAUAGAUUCCUGGUUCGAGGUGGCUCCAAUGCAGAUUCCACGCUCUGGUUCGGCUGCCUGUGUCCUCCAAGGAAAGAUUUAUGUCAUUGGUGGUUGGCAUGCCUCAACGGAGAACACUGACAAGGUGGAGCAGUAUGAUCCCAAGACCAACACAUGGAAGAUGUGUGCCCCGAUGAAUGAGAGACGCUACCGUCCUGGGGUGGCUGUGAUUGAUGGCAAGAUCUAUGUUUUGGGAGGAGAAGAAGGGUGGGAUCGAUACCAUGACACUAUUGAGCAGUACAGUGAAGAAACCAGCAAAUGGGAGAUAUUUGGAGAGAUGCUCACAAGUCGCAGUUGGUUAAGUUGUGUCUCAGUGAAGAUACAGAAAGAUGCAUGGCCCAGCCACACAGACGAUCAAGAACAUUGUGCGAAUUGAUGUGAAAAUCUCCUUUCUCGCAUGCUGUGGAUAUGUGCCAUUGUCAGCAACCUUGUGUAAAAGGCUGUCAACUGCAAUUUGCAAAAUAAGAAUGUGAGAAAUCAUGUGGAAGACUUCCAGUUCCACUAGGUGCAAACUUAUAGAAGUGCACUGAGACUAACUUUUAACACUGCAGCCCAGGUAAUAACUUGGUGGAGUGAGACACAACCCUUUAUAAAACCUGCCUGGAUGUUCUAUCAUCCAUUUCAAUGCUGAAAACUGGGUGGAUCAGUUCAACAAUGGGAUGGAGGUGUGGUGGAGGGUGGAAUCUAAGUACUGCCUGGGUGGGAAGUUGAAUAUUCCCUUCUGUUUCAUACAACACAAAUCUCUGAAAUCCUUUCAAUUUGGCUUACACUGAGAAGAGCUGACCACAUUUUCAUGACAAUGAUACCAACUCUCUUGUUUGGGUCCCUUGACUCUGCAAACAAUUUUUUUUUCUUGUAAUGAAGUAAAUUUAUCUUUUUGCUGCAGUAGCUGUUCUUUUUUCCCCCAACUGUUGAUAUUUCUGCUGAAUACCUCCUGUAUUGAGAUUUAUUUUUGUUCCAGUCCCUCUAUCCUCCUCCUCAAAUACAAACCCCAAUGGAAACCAUGACUGAGGCUUCAAAAUAAUUAAUGAAUUGGCUGUGAUGUGCUUUGUGGAAGGUGCUUUAUACAAUGCAAAUUUCUGAUUCUGGAGAUGAGUUAAGCUUUCACUUAAAGCAUUUAGAAUGAACAGACUCAUUCCCUCCUGCAGUAGCAUCCAGAUACACAGGUUAAUUUCUGUGCAUUGUAUUUUUCUGCAUCUUUCUGCUACUUGCAGACUGCUCAUGCUCCAGAGUCCAGUUGUUUUGAUGAGGUUUAACCAUUAUCAUCUGCUAUAAGUUUACAGCUUGGGUUAAAAUCUCACUACUUGUCCAAGGGAACCUUUUUUAAACUGGUUCUCACUCUGGAAAGGCUUCACUUGCAGAUAUAAAUUUUAAAGCUUUGGUAUCCCAUACUGUACUAUACUGAAAUCCAUUUUGAGAAAAGCCAACCUGUUUGAUGGGCUGUGGUUUCUAAUGCCAGAAAUAUGUUAUUAUCCAUUGAAGAGUGUAUGUUUGCAGAAAGUACUUGUUGCAAAUACUGGCUCUUAUUCUCCCUGGAUAUCUUGAUCAAGAUUGUCUUAUCCUUUUGGUCACUUAAAACUUUUACAUAAAUACUGACCCGUUCUGCUUUUGAGAGAUGGGGAGAAAGUUGAGGUGAAGUUACUUUAUGGAAGGAUGGGGAGAAAGGACAAUGCCCUGAUGUCUCUUUCUAGGUCACACUGGCAAGGUUUGAAUCUGAAUGGAAUACUGGGAAUGUCACAGUUGCUAAUAGUGCCUUUGGGUUUAGAAAGGGUUUUUGCUCCUGUUCUUUAUGUACAGUUAUUCCUCCUGGAGCCUGGUGUGCCCACCUGACUGAGUUUUGACCAGACUCUUGGGCAGUUGACCACAUGAUAGCCUACUUGUACAUAUGUUAUUGGCAGCUGAGUGAGGUUAGAUUGCUGCUCUCUAGAACUAUACCUCCAUAAGGAAGCUGGUACCUUCAAAUAGUCAGGGGAUGCACUUUACAAACUACUGGAAUAGGAGUUGAUUUUUAAUGGUAGCUGUGGUUCUCUAUCCCCCCCCUUUUGGUGGUGCUGUUUCUUGCUGUUAAUGUUUGUCAGCUAACUGAAAAAUGAUGUAUCAUUUCCAGGGUUUGAGAGUGUUGACAAAUUGAUCAUGAUUCUGACACUUGACCAGAUCUAACCUUCCAAAUAAAUUUGUUUUAAGAGCUUCACAGGUGUUAUUGCACUUGAGCAGUGCUGUGCUUAAAGAUUAUAAUCUCUCAAACUAUGCAAUAAAGAUAUUGUAGCUGUAACUAUGUAUAAUCCUAUGGGUUUUUUAAAAAAUCUGUUAAUGUGUACAAAUGCUUUUGUACCUUAAAUGUAACUAAAGCUGUCAAAUCACUUAAUACAAUUAUUGAUGUAUAAUAAAAUUUUGUAUUAAUAUUUUAA